UGCUUUUGAUUUCACAGUGAAUGGAUAUCACAUAUCAAGAUAUUUGUUUACAAAUAUAAUCACAAAAUGCCCGAGGAUGUGAUGGUCCCCGCGGGGGACUACAAGCUGGUCAAGCAGUUCCGCAGGGAGAACGAGAAGCGUCGCAAGAAGGACCUGCCGUGGUCGAAGCGGGUGUUUGAUAUAGACGAGCACAAGCUGUUCGGUCGCACAGCUUGGGCCUGGUUUCGGAUCACGUUACUCUAUCUGUUCCUGUACCUCCUAGUUCUCCUUAUAGUGCUUUUUUGGAUUGGAAUCUUUUGGGUGGCGAUCAUAGAUCCACAUGAGCCGCGCUGGCUAAAGGGUCCUCCGGGAUUGUCGGUGGUUCCGGCCAACAGGAGCACACUCACCUGGUACACCCACCUGAUGAACGAAAUCUACCCGAUUGCGGAUAAAAUCGACGAUUUCUUGAACUCGCUGAACGACAAUGGAAUCGACUUCUUCGGCGAUGCAAACCAGGAUACGAUGUGGGGCUACGAAUCGCGAAAGCCGACCGUUUUUAUCAAGCUGAAUAAGGUGAUUGGCUUUCAGCCGGAGACGUAUGACACUCCCGACGACCUGCCCAAGGAGGCCCCUGCGGGACUUGACGACACCGUGCGCAAGUACGGCGGCUCCCCGAAAAUCUGGAUGACCUGCGAGGUCACCGAGGGACCCAAGCCCGAACUAGUCUUUCUGCCGGGACCAUUUUACGAAGCAUCUGAGAAAAUGACAGGCGUGCAGCGCGUUGUGGCCGUCCAGUUAAACAAAAUGCCAAAGAACAAGGAGGUUAUAAUCGGUUGCAAAGUCUGGGCACGAAACAUUCCCAUCGAUGAGAAGUUCCCUGGCAAGGGCCAUGUUAGGAUCUCGAUGAACAUGCGCGUGGAGACGGUCAAAAAGCCGAGUGCAGAGGACGUCAAGGGCUCAUCAACCACCCCAAAUUCUAUAACAGCUCUCAUAGAACCCGAAGAGCCGAAUCGGGAUCGCUAUGUAGCUUUGGAUAUGCCAGCACCGCCAAGAAGGGAACCGUCCAGGAACGAUAAGCCCGGGAAUAAAUUUAAUAAAGAGCCACUGACGGAGCCCCCCAGCUAAAUAUUAAUUUUCGAUUUCAAAUUUCUAUGCUAUUUAUUUAUGUUUUCAAAUUCGGCGGUUUAAAUCCGAACAUAAAUUCCACUUAUGAGUGUACCAAAAUUA